AUAAUAGUGAAAUGAGUAUGGGUAUCAUAGGCUCAUUAGUGUUGCUAUGUUUGUUGUACUUGAUGGCUUAUGAUCCAGUGAAAGCGGACAGCAAACACUUGGUAUGCAAAACCGUUGAAGAUAUUUUUGAUGAAACCAACCAGAAAGGAUUACCAUCAGAUCCAAAUCCACGUCGACGAGGAAUUCCGGGGAAAAGAGGGCCACAAGGGGUUAGAGGUCAACCCGGGCCACGUGGACCGAAGGGUGAAGUAGGUGACCCUGGUAUCGUGAACUAUGAACGAAUAAAUGCAACCAUCGAGGAGAUAGUCCAAGCAGGAAUGGACGAAAUGGCAGACAUCAUAGAAGAAAGAACAAUGGAAAAAAUAAGACGGGCACAAGAAGAAGAAUGCCCUGGGAUAAGAUAUCAGCGGAAAUGCUAUUGGAGUGUCAUUCACACCAGUAGGGACGUUUCAUACGAACAAGCCUUGCAGAUGUGUAGAAAGAAAUCCGGAUACCCGGCUGAUAUAUUAAACUCCCAGCUCUACACUAUGGUUUCCAACUACGUUAGAACCAACCUACCGACAUCGACAACUGCAGUGUACUUAUGGAUUGGAAUGACUUACAACCCACAGACGAAUAUACUGAAGCUCUUUGACGGCAUCAAAGCACCGUACGUCACCUGGUAUCCAAACUACCCAAAAACCAUCGAAGAUCGCACCGGUAUGGGAUUUCAAGUGGACCGUGACGAAAAUUCUGAAAAUCAGGGAAUGUUCAACUGGCAUGACAACCAAUGGGGCGUUCUUUGUGAGAUGUGAUGAAUGUUCCCCCCAAGCAUUUCCUUGUAUAUAUCCGUGUCAGUGGCUAAUCAGCAAUAACUUGACGGUUACGUAACAUUCGAUUUUUUAAAUCCGACUCAAUGGUUGUUAACUCGUUUUUUUCUAUUUUAACCGCUAUUUUUCAGUUAUGUGUGAAAUGUUUUGUGUAAGUCAAAUAAACAAUUUGUCAUCGGAAGGGUUUUAAUAUAAUGAAGAAUUGCACCAAAUGCAUAUACACGAAAAGGGUGAAAUAGUGAUUUCAAACGAGUAAGCCAUUUUGUGAGUGCCAAUUCGCGAAAACAGUGACAGAAUAAGCAUAGAUACUUUUGCAUAGGUAAAAUAUAGAAAGACUUUCACUGGGCAUAAUAUGUCAGUAAUCAUUCAUUGGCACAAUUGUUACUUCAAGUAAAAUUAAUCUUCUUUCAUUAAAACAAGUGCCUAGAAACAUGUAGCGUUGAUUUAGAACAGGGUGGUUCAACCCCAGGCUUGCGGGCCACAUGUGGCCCACCGAUUCAUUAUCUGUGGCUCGCUUCGCCUUUGCUGAAGGGUAAUAAAAAAAUCUCAUUUGAUGUUGUUUCAUCAUUAAAAUAAUUAGAAAGCGUUUUUGACAUCUUUUAGAUAUAUUUUUUUAGAUUUUUAAAAAACUUUUGCAUGUUCCGGUGAUUUUUCUGGUGUAU